CGGCGAGUGGGCGAAGGGCAGCGCAGCCAAGAGCGCCUGACGCUCACCCUCCCCGUGGCCCGCAACCCCCAACAUGGCGGCCCGGCUGUGCCGCUUCCCCACCUCGGCCAAUCAGCGCCGGAGAGCGGGCGAGGCGCGGCGGAAGGCGACGGCAGAGAGAGCCAAUAGGAAGGCGGCGGAGGCGGGGCCGCAGCGACAGCGGCGGCAAGGGGGGGUGAAAUUUCUCGAAGGUGCGGCCAGGCCGGGGCCGGGCGCGGAGCGGGGCCUGGGGCAGCGGUGAACAGUGACGGCCCCCGGCGCUGCCGCUAACGCUGCUGCCAUGAAUCACAAGAGUAAGAAACGGAUCCGUGAGGCGAAGCGCAGCGCCCGACCCGAGCUGAAGGACUCGUUGGACUGGACCCGCCACAACUACUGCGAGACCUUUCCCCUGAGCCCCACCGCCUGCAAGGAUAACGUGGAGAGGGCAGAUGCACUCCAGUUAACGGUAGAGGAAUUUGUUGAGCGUUAUGAGAAGCCUUACAAGCCUGUAGUGUUGCUGAAUGCCCAGGUGGGCUGGUCUGCCCAAGAGAAGUGGACUCUGGAAAGGCUGAAACGCAAGUACAGGAACCAGAAGUUCAAAUGUGGGGAGGACAAUGAUGGUUAUUCUGUCAAGAUGAAGAUGAAGUACUACAUAGAGUACAUGGAAACCACACGUGAUGACAGCCCCCUCUACAUCUUUGACAGCAGUUAUGGAGAGCAUCCCAAGCGCAGGAAACUCCUGGAGGACUACAAAGUACCCAAGUUCUUCACUGAUGACCUCUUCCAGUAUGCAGGGGAGAAACGAAGGCCACCUUACAGAUGGUUUGUGAUGGGCCCACCUCGCUCUGGAACAGGAAUUCACAUUGAUCCCCUGGGAACCAGUGCAUGGAAUGCCUUAGUCCAAGGACAUAAGCGAUGGUGCCUGUUCCCUACCAGCACUCCCAGAGAGCUGAUCAAAGUGACACGAGAGGAGGGAGGGAACCAGCAGGAUGAGGCCAUCACCUGGUUCAGUGUCAUCUACCCCAGGACACAGCUCCCCACUUGGCCCCCAGAAUUCAAACCGCUGGAAAUCCUGCAGAAACCAGGAGAGACAGUCUUUGUGCCAGGUGGCUGGUGGCACGUAGUUCUCAAUCUUGACACAACCAUUGCCAUCACACAAAACUUUGCCAGCUGUACCAACUUCCCUGUGGUGUGGCACAAGACAGUAAGAGGGAGACCCAAACUGUCAAGGAAAUGGUACAGGAUCCUAAAACAGGAACACCCUGACCUGGCAGCCUUGGCUGAUUCAGUUGACCUGCAGGAAUCCACUGGUAUUGCUUCUGAUAGUUCCAGUGACUCCUCCAGCUCCUCAAGUUCCAGCUCCUCAGACUCUGAUUCAGAGUGUGACUCUGGCUCGGAGACAGAGGGGAUGAUGCACCGCAGGAAGAAGCGGAGGACGUGCAGCAUGAUGGGCAAUGGAGACACGACUUCCCAGGACGACUGCGUCAGCAAAGAGCGCAGCUCCUCCAGGAUUAGGGAAUCUUGUGGAAGCCGCAGCUACCCCUGAGCGAUACCAACACCCACCUAGAGGCAGCUGCCAAUCCAAGCUCCGUUAGCAGCCAGCCAGCUCUGUUCUACCCCCUUCUGCUUCUAUUUCUCACAGUCUUUAAAGCUUCUGUCACUCUUCCUCAACCCAGACCAUCUCCAUUUUGUGCUGUCAAAGGCUGGCUCCUGGAUGACCUCUAGGAGAAGGCCCCAACUCUCCGUUCUCGUGCAAUGCUUUGUCCCCUCCGUGCCCCCAGUGAGUGCACUAACGACCCAGCCAGGUAUGGAACGGUUCACCUCGCUGGCAAGGAAGGUGAUGGUCAGUUUUUAAAGAACUCUUUUUAAAACCAGCAGGUCAAUGUCCAAACCUGCCUUGCUUUGACACUGUCAUAUGUUUACAUGUUGUCCUGUACACUUGAGGAGAGGAACACCAGCCCCUUUGGCCUGUCCGAACAUCCGGCGGAUCUCCCACCACGCUUUCGGGAAAGGAAGGCGCUACAAAUGCCCCAGACACUGAAGCAGCUUUCACCAGAGGUGGCCACCAACCUGAAGCAUCUUUUGUGGUCUUGAUCUACAAGCAUGCAGGUGCAGCACCUCAACCAGCAACGGUCCAUUUGUUGUGCUCUGCCUGUCGCGACGCCUGGUGGCAUCGAGGAUGCGCUCGCACCUUGCCGGCAGCAGCUCGAUGCAGCGGGAGAAUGCUGGGAGUUUCUUGCACAGCAGAGAAAAACCCUCUGGGGAACAAGUCAGCAUUUAGCAGUAGUUCCAAGCCUUUGGGUGCAGUUGUGCUGCUCAGCAUUAAGCAACACCUGAGGAGGUCUGACUCUUCUAGGAUCGCAACGGUUGCUGGGUUUUAAACGGCAAGCAGUGACAGGGCCAGGGGCUGGUGCAGGCCAGUGCAGUUCACGUACCCUAGAUAGCUUUCCUUUGAGGUUUCUUGUUCAGAUGUGUCCCUAGAACUUGCAGUGCCAAUUUUAAAGGAUGGGGAGGUGGACAUGUUUUUGUUUCCUGCUGUUCAAAAAUGCAGUGUGUUGCUUAAGUCUCUGUAGGUGCUGUUUGUGUUAUGCCAGCUGAAGCUCUCAUCCCCAAGGGAUCUGGUGGAGCUGUUGGGGGUUUUAGCAGGGGCUUGUGCUGGUAGUGUGAGAGAAGAGGUGUGCCUGUGCUGCAAGGAAAUGACCUUCCUUUUCCAUCUGAACAGCACAGCUGGACUGGGGUGCUUCCUUGGGUGCUCUCCUGAGACCUAGGAGUGGGUAUUUGAUCUCACUUCAGCUGUUCUCCUGUGGGAGAGGAAAUUGGAAAGCAGAAGUGGUGAGUGUGCAGUAAACAUGCAGUAAUGCCCAGGCACUAAGAGCAAGGUUCAAAAGCAGAUUGGCAGCCUUAACUGUGACUUCCUUGUGCAUGUUGGGUUUGGUGGAAGCCAGAACAUUGCUCGCCUGGGUUUUUGAUCUGUUUUCAACCUGAUCUCUUCCUAUUUCAACACUUUUCCUUCUUGGAGACCAGACAACAUCCUCUUGUAGAAGGGAGUCCUAAAUAUGUCUGAAACCACAGUUUCUGAAUCUUCUGUGCCAGCAGGAGCAGUAAAGUGGUGGGGAAAUGGAGAGAGGGAAGGAUUUUGGUACAGUGGAGGCUCUGAGCUCCCUGUGAUGGGCAGCCAUAAGUGAGCACAGUUGCCCUGUAGACUGCUGCCGAUUCUUCCACAGGAUUACUGCAUUUUAAAACAACUUCUUGGACUCCUGGCAUUCCUGGCCAAGGCUUGCCUUUUUCCUGGACAGCCUGGGAGCCAGCACAAGCUGUGCAUCCCUUCAGAGCAGGCUGCAGCUGCUGCCUCGUGAAGGAAUGUGAGGGCCCGAAGAGGUGAAGACUCAGAUGUCUCAGCUCUGUUCUGGUGAGGGGAGCCUUUGGAGAGCUGUCCUCUGCCCCCUUUGGUGGCCUGACAGUGUGUCAGUGAGGUGGCUUGUGCUGGCACUUGCAGUUGGUGUGCAGAGCUCAGUUUUGCACCCUUAAAAUCUGCUUAAACUGUUGGUGCAAGCCUGAUGGCUGUGCUGGGAGACCACACCUCUGUCACCAGCAGCACAGCAGGAGAUGCAGAGUGCAGAGGAUUCUUCUGUGCCUAUGAACUCUCCCACGGGGUGAAGUAAAACUGCUCCAGAUGAAGCCUGUGGCUGUUUGACAUCCCUCACGGGAAAGCAGUGUGUGGGGAAGGGACUGCAGGCCUCUGUGGUACCAGCAGCACUGCACUGACUUCUCCACAAGGCACUUUGAGACAGGAGACAAAGGUCUGUCUGUUCAGACUACCUGGGAAUCAGAACUCCUGGGCUCUCUGGUUCUUCCACCGGCAGGCUCCAGCCUCAGCCAAUCGGUGAGCUUCUGGCUUUGUGUUAGGAGGAAAAUACCUACCUCACAGGGGUGUUGUGAGGCUGAGAUGUAAUUAACUGUGUAAGAUGCUUUGAAGUCAUCCUCCCACAAAAGGUGUUCCAGGCAUCCUGAGCAACCUGAGGCUUCCUGAGCUGCUGUUGACUUUCCGUAGCAGAAACCGUCGCGGAUGUGGUUCGAGCGCUCCUGGCCACGUGGUGUUCCGUGGUGGCCCUUCCUUCCAGAACUGCUGUGUGGUACAUACAUGUAGCAAAACAAGGCUUUUUGUUUGCACCAGAGUUCAUCUCUUGGCAUCUCAUGCCCUGCUCUGAACAGGAGGUCCUGCUAGAUCAGGGCUUUUUAAAAACAGGACUAGAUUACAUCCUCUCUCAUCGGGGAGUCAGCUCCACUGGCCUUACGGGAAGGGGGGGAGCUGGUGAUUCCCAGGCCCUCCUUCCAGGCUGGGUGAAUGAGGAAUGAAGUUAAAAGCUGUUCUCCCUUUGUGCCUAGCUCCAUGCUUGUGGCAGGCUGGCUGGGGAGCGUGGGUUUUGUGCUCUCACUUCUCCAAGCUUGUGCUCCUUGGGGCAUCCAUGUCUCUCUUGUUCCAACCCCCACUGCUUCUGUGCAGCCUAGAGCCCUGGAUGUAGCAGGCUGUGCUCCAGCAUCCAGACCCAGUGGCCCCUUGUUUCCCUGAGUCCCAAAGCAGCAGCACUGCUGCACCUCAGCCCUGCCACGGUGCUUCCUGGGCUGCCCCAUUCCCUGGGGACAGGCUGAGAGCUGCGUGCUGCCUUUGGGCUCUGCAAAGCAGCGUCGAGUGUCCUGCCUGCUCUGGAGAAGGGUGGAAGGAUUUGUGAGCUCUGGCCAUGGCUUGGAGUCUGGUAACCAAUGCAGGCUUGUCUGCUGUGCCAGUUCAGGAGUAAACAAACACCCACCAGAGCUGUGGCUGUGGGCAGCAGGGGCUGAUCUCAGCACCUGUUCUCUGCACAAGUGCUGUGGGAGCAGGUGACGCUGUGGCAGCCCUGACAGACCUUCCUCCCUUCUCCAGCUUGGCUGUGCUGGCUCCAGUUUGUCUUCUCAGUUACAUGAAGCCUCUCCAAGUGCUUAGAAGAAGGACAGCAACCUCUUUCAUAACUAACCAAGCCCCUUCUCCCCGAGUCCCCAGCCACGGCAGGGCAGGAAGCAAGGCUGUUGGCUGAGUCCAAGCUGAAAUGCCUGUGGGCUCCUUGUCACAGGGAGGGUUUUGGCAUCCCCCUUGCACGGGGGGGAAGGAAGGAGCUUACUGCUCCGUUUGACGGUCGCGCUGUCAGCUCCGGCCCUGCCACUGCCCUUAGCUGCUUUUGUCACCCCAUCCAGCAGAGCUGGGAUACUCUUUGUCUUGUUUGGAUGAUUGUGUUUUUGCCUUUUAUUUUAAAUAAAAUCGA